UUCAGUGUAGCUUGAGUACACUCAACCCAACGAAUUGGGUGCUGAAUUUCACAAAAUUUCAUCUUUUGGGCACGCCACGCCCAAGAAUCAGAUGUAGAAUUGACAGAAUUUGUUUUUUAACAAUUCAUUGAAUUAUGGAUGUGGUUGAUUCAACAAGGCAUUCCGACUUUUCCUGGGGGUUUUUAACUGGUAGCUCUGUUAGGGAAACUCUGACGCUUUACCUGUUGUUCAAAUCCCAUUUGAUAUAUAUCUCUUAUUUUAUUACAUAGUUACGUAAAUUCUCUCUUUUAGGUUAAAGCUUAGACGCCACUGCCUUGAGAUGUCUCUUGUGACAAAUUCAGAGGGGAUUUGCAUCCAGCUUCAUUAAUUUGGAUGCAACAUGCGGUUGAGAGUUGAAACUUUGCAAUGUCUGGACUAGUGUGUGCAUCCACACUGGCAGAAAAAGGAGUUUCGGUCACAGUCUUUGAAAGUGCUCGAGGCCCAGGAGGCCGUAUGUCUCAGCGCCGAGAGAAAACAGAAGAUGGUAAGGAACUCUAUUUCGAUCAUGGCGCUUCCUAUUUUACGGUGAAUGAUCAUAGUGUCCAUGAUUUAGUUGAUAAAUGGGAAGCUGCUGGUCUGGUUGCUGAAUGGAAAGGACCAUUUGGAAGUUUUGAUGUAAGCUCUGGAAAAUUGAUCGCAGAGUUGGGGAAUUCAUUGAAGAGAUAUGUGGGUGUUCCAGGAAUGAACUCUAUUUGUGAAUAUAUUUGCAGUCAGCCUGGGGUAGAAGCUAAGUUCGGAGUGACUGUUGUAAAAUUACAGUGGGGCAAGAAGGAAGGAUUCUGGGAUUUGAGAGAUUUACAUCUUGCAAGCAUUGGGAAGUUUGAUGCGGUGGUUGCAUCAGACAAGUAUCUAGCAUAUCCAAGGUUCACAGUUCAGAAUGCCUUUCCACCCCCUUUAGAAAGUGCUGAGAUAUCAGAAUUAGUACCAAAAUUGCAAACAGUUUUGGCAAGUUCCUGUUUUGCAGUGAUGUUGGCAUUUUCCAAUCCCCUGACAUCAAUUCCUGUAAAUGGUUAUACCAUAGUAGGUUCUAAGGUUUUAAGCUGGGCAGCCUGUGAUAGUAGAAAGCCAGGGCGUUUCAAGAGUGGCAGUGAGUGCUGGGUUUUACAUUCAACAGCCGAGUAUGCUAAUGAGAUCAUUAGCAAGACUGGCCUAGAGAAGCCACCUUCAGAUGAUAUCCUGACCAAUGUGAAAAAUGAGUUGUUUCAGGAAUUUCAGAAAACAGCCCCCGAUAUACCUUCACCAUUUUUCAUGAAAGUACACCGAUGGGGCAGUGCCUUGCCAACAUCAAUACUAGCAAAUAAUGACAAGUGCCUAUGGAUUGAGAACAAGAGACUGGUAGUUUGUGGCGACUUUUGUGUUGCUCCAGAUGUUGAAGGUGCCAUAUUAAGUGGACUUGCUGCAGCUUCAAAAUUAUUACAGAUCCGUGGUUCUCUGUAGCUGUAACUCAAUCAAAACAUACAUUUUCCUAACACGGAAUGCCUCAAAAAUAACAUUUUACAGCAAAAAUUAAUCCUCUUGACAGGUUAUAAUAAAAAAUUUGAACUAUAAACUGCUAGAAGCUUGAAAAUGCUGGGAAACUCUUAACAAUAUUGAAUUCUCAAUUUUUUAGGUUUGUCAAAAUCACAAAAAUAUUACUGCUUUUU